AUGAAACACUUAUCACUGAAAGAAGCCUUGCUUCCUCAGCCUCCCAGUUUCGUGAAAAAACAGUCGUAUGAGAUUCACGAAAUUCUUGGAUCAGGGACGUUUGGAAAAGUCAUGAGAGCGACAUGGCAAGUUCCCCCUGAUCUAGCCGAUGUUUCGCAAAAGGGGGCAUUCCCCACAUCGCCAUCAUCUCCAACUGACCACACCCCCGGUCGAUCUUCCAUUCCUCUUCUCCAUCCGCAUCAUAUGAAGAGGUCCGUUUCUCGAGCACAUACUAGCUCUUCCGUCCCCUCAUCACCAGGAGGACAUAACCACGUCGCAAUAGUGAAAGAGGUUGCAUUAAAGGUCAUUCCAAAGAAGAAAGUAAAGGGCAACGAAGCUGCUGUCUGGGGCGAGAUGGAUGUCCUGAAGGGUCUUGACCACCCUAAUAUCGUCAAGUUUUAUGAGUGGUUCGAGUCUCGGUCCAAGUAUUAUCUUGUUUUUGAGCUAGCUGUCGGUGGCGAGCUCUUUGAACGUAUACUGCAAAGAGGAAAAUUUACUGAGAAUGACGCCGUUGCAGUCAUUCGUUCCAUCUUGUCGGGAGUGAAGUACCUACACGAUCAUGAUAUCGUGCAUAGGGACUUGAAACCCGAGAAUAUUUUGUACCGAACCAAGGACCCGGAUAGCGAUAUUGUGAUCGCUGACUUCGGAAUUGCAAAACAUCUGCAUUCUCCGGAAGAGCAGCUGCAUUCGCUGGCCGGGAGCUUUGGCUACGUCGCUCCCGAGGUUCUUAACAAGCAAGGGCACGGGAAAGCAGUUGAUAUCUGGUCAACGGGUGUCAUAGCUUAUGUUCUGCUCUGCGGUUACUCGCCGUUCAGAGGAGAUGAUACAAACGAGAUGAUUCGGGAGACCACAGAAGCCAAGAUCGAGUUUCAUGAGCGAUACUGGUCCAAAGUCUCCGAUGAGGCAAAGUCAUUUAUUAAACUUUUGUUGAACCCCCAUCCAUCGCAACGACCUACUGCACAACAAGCUCUGAAUAAUCAUUGGUUGACGACGCACAAGGCUUCUACCGAACACGACGUCAUCUCGGGUCUCAGGGAAAAUUUCGACGCCCGCAAGAGGUGGCGCACCGCCAUCAUGUCGGCGCGCAUUAUCAACCGGUUCAGCAGACGACCAAGUACGGCUUCAAGUACAGGCAGCGGCGGCUGGGGAGAAGACCACGUGCACGCUGACGGAGGCGAGGAAGAAGGUGAAGAAGAUACCGCAGAUUGCGAGUUCCAUGACGUGCCCGACGAAGCUCUGGCAUCGCUCUCAUUAGGUGGGAUCGAUCCAGGAUCGAACGAGAACGUGAAAGUCAUAGGGCCGGAUGACAAAGGUGACCAGUCGGGUAAGGGGGAUGUUUCCAGUGCCCCUGAUGUUUGUUUGACUACAAGUGAGUCCAGUGUGAACAGCAGGACAGCCUUUCCGCCGCUUCCUGCGUCUCUCUCGCAAAAGGAAGCAGUUCACCUGGUGGAACCAGUGGAUACCUCGGAGUUGUACGUUGCAGCUGAUGACGAGUCAGAGCUGAAGGUUCCGGGACACCUACAUGGAGGAAAGGUUCCAUGGCAGAGUUCUUCCCCCGUUUCUGGUCAGCACAUGUGGUUCGAUAUGCCGAGGAAGUUUUUUGGAUUGUAAGAGUUAUAUCCCGUGGAUCUUGAAGUCCGCCGUAAGUUAUAUGUGAUGUAACACUACUACGCACAGCUUAAUGACCUAGCUGCUAUUCGAUUUUGGCCGUUGUACGCCUA